UAAAGACAAAAUUAAUUUUGCUAAUCAUGAAAUUAACAUUUAGUUUAAAGUAAAAAAGCCCUUGGGUUCAAUUUCUCUAAGAUUCCAUUAAUGGCGGUCACUCGAGCCUUCAACAUCAACACAGCUCGCAACUCGUCGAGCUUAGUCUCAUGGAUUCCGACCGGUAAGAUUCAGCAAACAGUAGCUAAUUCUGUACAACUCACCGGAAUCGGUCUUCAUUCCGGCAAGCUUUCUACUGUCACAAUCUUACCGGAGUUAGCAGGAGUCGGUAGGUACUUCAAAUUCCGUUCAAAUGUCAUUCCUGCAUCUACUGAUUACGUCAAGGAGUCUGCAUUAUGUACUACAUUGUGUAAAGAUGGACGUUCUAUUAAUACCGUUGAACACUUGCUUUCUGCUUUGGAGGCUACCGGCGUUGAUAAUUGCAGUAUGCAAAUUGAAACCUCUGAUACUCACGAUUCAUCAGUUGAGGUUCCUAUUCUGGAUGGAUCAGCAAGAGAAUGGGUGGACGCAAUUGAAGAAGCUGGGCUGAAGGCAGCAUUAGAUCGUAGCGGUAAUAGCUGUGAGAAAUUAGCUCCUGUUCUUAGAGAACCUGUUACUGUAUGGAAAAAUGAUUCUUUUAUAGCUGCAUUCCCUUAUUCAGAGGUCAAGAUUACCUAUGGCAUCGACUUUCCACGGGCACCCGAAAUUGGCUGUCAGUGGUUCUCUUCAACCUGUCUGGAUAAAGAUUUCUUUGCCAAAGAACUAGCUUCUGCAAGAACCUUUUGCAUUUAUGAACAGGUUGAACAGCUACGCAAAUCAGGAGUUAUCAAGGGGGGUUCCGCCAAAAACGCUAUUGUUUGUAGUGAAAGUAGAGGCUGGCUGAAUCCACCACUGCGUUUUAGUGAUGAACCUUGCAGACACAAGGUAUUAGAUCUUAUAGGUGAUCUUUCUCUUUUGGCGCACGGUGGUAACCAAGGUCUUCCUGUGGCACACAUUAUUGUGUAUAAGCCUUAUUCUCACGGAGAUUUGAGCUUUCUAUAUUGGCAUGGGGAGCUUUCUAAUGUCACUGCUUACUAUUUCUCAGUAUAGCAAAGGGUGGACAUGCACUGCAUUCGAAUUUCGCUCACCGCUUAUCGGGAAUCAACUGAGGUAGAUUUGGUUAUCAAGCUAUUGUUGUUCUUCGAGUCCUGCAACUAGUUGGCUAUUUGUGAACCAGAGUUACUCGACCCAAGUUUUGACAACUAAAAUGCUAAUGGACUUUGGCAAAAGGACUUAUGAAUCGAUGUUCCAUCCUUCACAGUCAUUAUAUCGAUGUGGAUUGCCUCGUAACAUCUAUUUAAUAAGACAACAUAAAGCCAUUGAACGGUUCGAAAACAUUUCUAAUUCGUAGUCUAAUUAGACAAUAUCUUGCUUCGAGUUUAUUAUACUCAAUUGCAUGUUAUAUUGUCGCAAGAUGUUGUUUACACGAUCUAAUCGUAUCCUAUGAUCAAGUCAAAAUAAUAAUAUUCUCUCUGUUUAAAAAA